AUGUCUUCGACACAUAUUUUUAACGUAGAAAUGACUUGCGAGGGCUGCUCAGGUGCCGUCGAAAGAGUAUUGAACAGAUUAAAAGGACAAGGGGUUGAUGACGUCUUAAUCUCCCUUCCAGAACAAAAAGUAUCAGUUACAUCAACUCUCAGCGCUGAUCAGCUGCUUGAAGUUAUAAAGAAAACUGGAAAAAAGACAUCAUAUGUUGGAACACAGUAA